GCGGGGCCUAGGCUGAGGCGGCGGCGGCGGCGAAAGUGAGAGGCGGCGGCGCGACGACGGCGCUCCAACCCGACCGCCAUGAGCACCAAGCAGGUCACUUGCAGGUAUUUUAUGCACGGUGUGUGUCGGGAAGGAAACCAGUGCCUGUUCUCGCAUGACUUGGCCAACAGCAAGCCAUCCACCAUCUGCAAAUACUACCAGAAGGGCUGCUGCGCCUACGGAACUCGCUGCAGAUACGAUCACACGAGGCCCUCUGCUGCAGCUGGUGGUGCUGUGGGCACCAUGCCCCAUGGUGUGCCCUCCCCGGGGUUCCACAGUUCUCACCCUCCCUCCGACAUCACUGCAUCAAUCGUGAAAACUAACUUACACGAGCCUGGGAAACGUGAAAAGCGAACAUUGGUGCUUAGAGACCGAAAUCUCUCCGGCCUGGCUGAAGAAAAGACUUGCCCAAGUGCGGUGAGCAGUCCAGGGGGCUGCAGUGACCCGCACAGCAGCCUGGAGAUGAAGCCGCAUUCCUACCUGGAUGCCAUCAGGAGCGGUCUGGACGACCUGGAAGCCAGCAGCUCCUAUGGCAGCGAGCAGCAGCUGUGCCCCUACGCGGCGGCGGGGGAGUGCCGAUUCGGGGACACUUGCGUCUACCUGCACGGGGAAGUGUGUGAGAUCUGCAGGUUACGAGUCCUACACCCCUUUGACCCAGAGCAAAGGAAAGCUCAUGAGAAGCUCUGCAUGGCGACAUUCGAACACGAGAUGGAGAAGGCCUUUGCCUUCCAGGCCAGUCAGGACAAAGUGUGCAGCAUCUGCAUGGAGGUGAUCCUGGAGAAGGCGUCGGCCUCCGAGCGCAGGUUCGGGAUCCUCUCCAACUGCAACCACACGUACUGCCUGCCCUGCAUCCGGCAGUGGAGGUGUGCCAAGCAGUUUGAGAACCCCAUCAUCAAGUCUUGUCCAGAAUGCCGUGUGAUAUCAGAGUUCGUAAUUCCAAGUGUGUAUUGGGUAGAAGAUCAGAAUAAAAAGAACGAGUUGAUUGAAGCUUUCAAACAGGGAAUGGGACAUUUACUGAGCUACAGGCCAGACUCCUUCAAGCUAAGCACUAGUAAGAGAAUAUAAAGUAAACUAGUAAGAAAUUUCAUGGGAAAUUGCAAAAGGGCAAUUAUGACCCAGGUUUUCUGGUGACAAAUUCAUCAUGAGAGGCCUGAGCCAGAUGUCACAACAGAGAAAGCCCUGGGACCCACCUGGGAGUGUCAGGGAAGCAGGACGAGACCUCGAGCCUUGAAGCACCAGUAGCUUAUCUGGGGGGCUGGGGGACGGGUGGAAUGACACGGGUGCAGAAUGGUUGUUUUUGGGGGGCAGUGGGAGGGGGCCCUGGGUUGAAAGAGGUGUGCAGAAGGCUGUGGGGGGUCCUGCAGGGACCCAGACCAGAGUCAAGUCUGAAGGGGCUUCGAGUCUCAGCCUGACUGUGUCUUUAAGAACAGGAUGACAAGGACAGGCCGUUUGGGGACACUCCUCUGUGAUGAUGUGAAGAGGGUCCAGCCCAGUGCGAGGGAGGUGGGAGGGAGGCAGGAACGGAGAAAGGUGCCCCAGGGCUUCAGCCAGGUAGGAACUGAAAGGACAGGGGAGGUGCUCUGUAAGCAGAAGUCACCACCGGACGUGAGAGCUGAGAGCAAAGAGGGAGUCGGAGUGAACGGAGGCUUUUGUCCUUUGUGACCAG